AUGGGGGCGAAGCAGAGCUCCCCGAUCCCGGGCUCCGUUCCCCGGAGUCUCCUCCGAUGACUCGGCCGUCCCCCCCGCCUCCCACUACAGCGCCAUGGGGCUCCGCAGCCGCUCCGUCAGCUCCGUGUCCGGCCUGGAGCCCCCCCACCCCCCUGCCGCCGCCGGGACCCUCUACCGAGCCGAACCGGACCGAGGAGGGGGGGGGAGGGGGGAGCUCCGGGGACGCCGAACAGCACCGCUACCCCCUCCACAUCGCCCCCCGACUCAUCGCCGCGCACAGCGGCUUCCGAUGUCCGAUAUGUUCCAAGGCCGUGGCGUCCGAUGAGAUGGAGAUGCACUUUAUUAUGUGUCUAAGCAAACCUCGGCUGUCCUACAACGACGACGUGCUGACGCGGGACGCGGGCGAAUGUGUCAUCUGCCUGGAGGAACUCUCACAAGGGGACACGAUAGCCAGACUGCCCUGCCUCUGCAUUUACCACAAAAGCUGUAUAGAUUCCUGGUUUGAAGUGAACAGAUGCUGUCCGGAGCACCCUUCUGAUUGA